AGGAACUCUUCUUGUUUCCAAAAAAACAAACCUGCUCAACGCGUGUCAUUCAAUCAAUGUAUCUACGUUGAAAUCCUCAAUUACCUUCGUUCAUCUUCAUCUCCAGCAAGGCAAAACAUGUCUACUGAAACAACUCCUACUGUGGUGCGCAUCGGCGCACGUGCGAUACGCAGCUUCCACAUCACGCAGGAGAGCGUGACUGCGUUUGGCAACCUGGUCGAUGACCACAAUCCCAUCCACAGCGACCCCGCGGCGGCCAAGGCGGCGGGGUUUCCCUCGCCCAUCUGCUACGGCAUGUUCGCCGGCUCCCUCUUCUCGGGCCUCAUGGCGCAGGACCUACCCGGGCCGGGAUCCAUUUACCUCUCGCAAAAUCUGCGCUUCACGGCGCCGGUCUUUGUCGGCGACGACCUCGAGGUCAUCGUGGAGGUGAAGGAAUUCCACAAGGACAAAGGUCUCAUCUCCCUUGCCAACACCGCGCAGAAGACCGACCCUGCAACGGGUAAAGCGAUCGUCUGCAUCACCGGGUCGUCGGUGGUGAUGAACAAAACGCUGCAGUUCGAAGGUGAGAGCACGUGGACGGCGGCCAAGUAG